UCAACUUGGACAUCCUCGAUCCUCAUUCUUUAUUGCAACUGCGGCCCAAAACAACACAGCGUUGUUUUAUCAUUCUCUUUGUGUUGUCAGCGAUUGCUUCCACACUUUCGAAUACCCAGGUUAAUUAAUAACAAUGGCGACAAGAACGCUCGAGGCCUGCUUCGACCGCUUGUCGGUCCACGACGAGAAUGACCCGGGUGAGAACGCCCGGUUGUACCAGAAGACAAAGCCCCUUGGUAUGUCAUCAAGCCAACUCGCCCACGGCAGCAGACCAAACCUCCUCAAGGUUGCGCUGCAAUCUCAAAGCGCCAACACCGUUACCGCAACCGUCACCCUCCCUUCGCAAGCCGCCCAAUGGAAAAGCUCUGCACUACCAAGCAACCCGGUCUCGCCCAGGAAGGACAAGGAGAAGUCAUCAUCACUGUCCUCUCGCAGCUCCGACGAAACUGCCCUCGCCGAGCGCACCUCGUCUUCCUAUGUCGACCAGCCACUUGUGCCCAAGCAAUUCCACCUCGGCAUGUUCGAGAUUGGACGGCCCCUCGGCAAGGGCAAGUUUGGCCGCGUGUACCUGGCGCGUGAACGCAGCUCCAACUUCAUCUGCGCGCUCAAGGUGCUCUACAAGUCGGAGCUGCAGCAGGGCUCGGGCGUCGAGAAGCAGGUGCGCCGCGAGAUUGAGAUCCAGAGCAACCUGCGGCACCCCAACAUUCUCAAGCUAUACGGCCACUUCCACGACAGCAAGCGUAUCUUCCUGAUCCUCGAGUUCGCCGGCAAGGGCGAGCUGUACAAGCACCUGCGCCGCGAGAACCGCUUCCCCGAGUGGAAGGCUGCCCAGUACACUGCCCAGAUGGCCUCGGCUCUGCGCUACCUGCACCGCAAGCACGUCAUACACCGCGACAUCAAGCCCGAGAACAUCCUGGUGGGCAUCCACGGCGAGAUCAAGAUUUCGGAUUUCGGCUGGAGCGUGCACGCGCCCAACAACCGGCGCCAGACGCUCUGCGGCACUCUCGACUACCUACCGCCCGAGAUGAUCAAGUCCGGCAGCAAGGACAACUGGUACAACGAGAAGGUUGACCUGUGGAGCCUCGGCGUCCUGAUAUACGAGUUCUUAGUCGGUGAGGCGCCGUUUGAGGACACGCCCAUCAUGACGCACAAGCGGAUUGCCAGGGCCGACAUGACCAUCCCGGAGUGGGUGAGCAAGGAGGCCAAGGACCUCAUCAAGAAGUUGCUGGUGCUUGACCCAGAGAAGCGGCUCCCUCUCGAAGAGGUCCAGACUCAUCCCUGGAUCAUCAAGCACUGCGUGAAGGGUGAACGGGCGAGCAAUCGGGAGAAGCCCCUCAAAUAGCUCAGCUGAGCUCCAGGAGAGCUUUGCAGCAUUUCAAGAUCAAGCGUGUGGCGUUCAGGAGUCGGGGCGGUGGCAGCCAGGGUUACUUCCGGGAGUUCUUUGCAUAGCGGAACCGAUUCGCCUGUUUGAUUCCAUUUCUAUGCGUCGGCCUGCUCGACGUCGUUUGCAUCAACGGUUGUUGGGAGAAGUUCGUUAAUAGUACAAGCAUUGCACAUGUGAAGCAAGAUGCUACAGCGGGCCAUGCGCAAGGGCUCAGCGAUAUACCUCCUCAAAUGGCCUCUUGUCGGCGAAGCACGAGUCCCACACCUCAUUGACCACCUUGGUGGCGUGUACGUCGCCCCUACACGUCGCGCGCGCCAUGACCGACUGGAUUGCGCGCAUCCGCACGCAAUUCUGGAACUGCUGAGUCAGCGUCCAGUUGCCUCUUGUGAUGGACUCCCUGGUCCACCGGCACUCUCCGCUGAGCAUCGACGCCCGGAUCU